UUGGCUGGCGCUGAAAGCGGGGCGGGGAACGGCGCAGGCUCCGGGGGCCAGCGGGAGCCGGACUUCAGCGCACUUGCCCGCGAGCUGAGAGCUGUCCGUGCCUCUCCCUCUUCGCUUCUGCUCUGCCUGUCGCCGCCAUGGCUCAAGCUGAUAUUGCACUGAUUGGAUUGGCCGUCAUGGGCCAGAACUUAAUUUUGAAUAUGAAUGACCAUGGUUUUGUGGUCUGCGCUUUUAAUAGGACAGUCUCCAAAGUUGAUGAUUUCUUGGCCAAUGAGGCCAAGGGAACCAAAGUGGUAGGUGCGCGGUCCUUGGAGGAGAUGGUGUCCAAGCUCAAGAAGCCCCGGCGCGUCAUACUGCUUGUGAAGGCUGGCCAGGCCGUGGACGAUUUCAUUGAAAAACUGGUACCAUUGCUAGAUGCUGGUGACAUCAUCAUUGAUGGAGGAAAUUCUGAAUAUCGGGAUACCAUAAGGCGAUGUCGAGACCUCAAGGCCAAGGGAAUCCUGUUUGUGGGGAGCGGAGUGAGUGGUGGCGAGGAAGGGGCCCGGUAUGGCCCCUCGCUCAUGCCGGGAGGGAACAAGGAGGCGUGGCCUCACAUCAAGACCAUCUUCCAGGGCAUUGCUGCAAAAGUGGGAACUGGAGAACCCUGCUGUGACUGGGUCGGGGACGAAGGAGCCGGACACUUCGUGAAGAUGGUGCACAACGGGAUAGAGUAUGGCGACAUGCAGCUGAUCUGUGAGGCCUACCACUUGAUGAGGGACGUCCUGGGCAUGGGGCAUGAGGAGAUGGCCCAGGCAUUUGAGGAAUGGAACAAGACAGAGCUGGACUCUUUCCUGAUUGAAAUCACUGCCAAUAUCCUCAAGUUCCAAGAUACGGAUGGCAAACAUCUGCUGCCAAAAAUCAGGGACAGUGCGGGGCAGAAGGGCACCGGGAAGUGGACCGCCAUCUCAGCCCUGGAGUACGGCGUUCCCGUCACCCUCAUUGGAGAAGCUGUCUUUGCGCGGUGCUUAUCAUCUCUGAAGGACGAGAGAACCCAAGCAAGCCGAAAGCUGAAGGGGCCCCAGAAGGUCCAGUUUGCGGGUGAUAAGAAGUCAUUCCUGGAGGACAUUCGAAAGGCCCUGUAUGCCUCCAAGAUCAUCUCCUACGCCCAAGGCUUCAUGCUGCUCAGACAGGCAGCCACUGAAUUUGGCUGGACCCUCAACUAUGGUGGCAUUGCCCUGAUGUGGCGAGGCGGCUGCAUCAUCAGGAGUGUAUUCUUGGGAAAGAUUAAAGAAGCCUUUGAUCGAAACCCAGAGCUGCAGAACUUGCUGCUAGAUGACUUCUUUAAGUCGGCUGUUGAGAACUGCCAGGACUCCUGGCGGCGGGUGGUCAGCACCGGGGUCCAGGUGGGCAUUCCCAUGCCCUGUUUCACCACUGCCCUCUCCUUCUAUGAUGGCUACAGACACGAGAUGCUGCCAGCCAACCUCAUCCAGGCUCAGCGGGAUUACUUUGGAGCUCAUACCUAUGAACUCUUAGACAAACCAGGACAGUUUAUCCACACCAAUUGGACGGGCCAUGGUGGCAGUGUGUCAUCAUCUUCAUACAAUGCCUAAUGGAACGGUCCUGCUCAUGUGAUUAUGUGCACCGGGACAUUCCAGGUGCCACAUAGCACUCCUCACCUGGCCCUUGCCCUGUUCUCUGCUCGGACUUUCAGCCCAGUGUUCAAGCAACUCCUGAAAAAAGCCACACAUUUAUUUGUAGAGUAGUUCUGAGAGUCACUGUGCCCUCUGCCUUGCUCUUGAGACCGCCCAGGAGCUGGCCAGAUGUGUGGCAGCGUGAACCACUUGAAACAGCUGUUGCCAGCUGUGCCUUGCGUGUGGGUGAGGCAGCAGCUCUUGGCACAUGGGGAAGGGGCUCAUGGGGUUUGAUCAAACUGGAAGCUUUAUAUUCUGCAGGGGAAUUCCCUGUGCCCUGCUCAGUCGCAGCACCUGGAUUUAUGCCUUUCCUCUCUGAGUCUCACCUUGGCCACACUGGGCCGUUACCUAUUUAGCAGAAAGCUUUGCAGUGAUUUUAUUACAUUUGGAUUGAAUUUUUCCUUGUAGCCUUGUAAAUUUUUCCUCUUUCUUUUCUUAAAAAUAAAGAAGAGACUCCAGAAUAGCACAAGGAACACCAAAUUAAGGAUAAUGAUCAAAUGUAGUGGGAGAUGGGAGAGUCCUUCAGGGACAGGGCCUUCGGGUUAUAUUUCCUUCUUACCUUGGGCAACAGGUACAUGGAUGUUCGUUGUAACAUUCCUUUUACGCCUUCUUGUCUGUCACAGGCUUCAUAAUAAACUUUUUAGAGAAUUCUACUCAA